AUGCCCCAAAUGGGUUCUAGAGCACGUUGGCGCCAGAGUUGGGCUCCACAGCCUUUGACACCCUUAAUGGAAGGUCCUGGCCCUGAAAUGCAAGAGGAAGGCACCAAGAAAGAGAGCUCCUGGGAAGUUAUAAGGGAAUGGUUCAGAACCCAGAAGAUCUCCCCAGGUGGAAGCUUCUCACAAUCAUUCUAUGGAACCAUUCAUGCCAAGACCCAAGAUUUGAGGCUUUUGCUUGGUGUCUUGGGAUGCCCCUUGGCCCCUAUUCCCUCAGCUCAUGAUCCCACCGUUAGCAUUCACAUUAAAGACACCCCAUUUGAAACUUCAACUGCCAAGUACAUUAUCCAGCAGUAUUUGGCUGCCACAGGGUGCCUGAAGCAGCAAAAGGACACUAAGAACAUGUAUGCCACAGGGAUGGUGAAGAUGAUAUGUUGUGAGACAGAGAUUUCAUCUGGGAAGAAUGUCAAGUGUUUGGGCACAAGAAGCAGUGAAAAUGGUUGCUUUGUACUAUGGCAGAUGCUACCUGGGAUGUGGUCACUUGAAUUGGUGGUUGGUGACCACAAGGUGGUUGCAGGAAGCAAUGGCAAAACCGUGUGGCGGCACACACCAUGGCUAGGCACACAUGCAGCCAAAGGCCCCCAAAGACCAUUGCGUCGUAUCAUUCAGGGUUUGGAUCCGAAGACCACAGCGAGUUUAUUCACGAACGCGCAAUGCUUGGGCGAGAACCGAAUCGGGACCGUUGAUUGCUUUGUGCUGAAGGUUUCUGCGGAUCGUGCGGCGGUGGUUGAACGGAGCGAGGGUCCCGCAGAGGUGAUAAGGCACAUUCUCUACGGUUACUUUUGCCAAAAGAGCGGCCUCCUCAUAUACCUCGAAGACUCUCACCUCACGCGGGUCCCAACGCAAGACAAUGAUACGGUGUUCUGGGAGACCACCAUUGGGAGCAGCAUCGGCGACUACAGAGACGUUGAUGGCGUCCUCAUCGCACAUCAAGGGCGCUCCAUCGCGACGGUGUUCCGGUUCGGCGAACUCUCGAUGCAGCAUAGCCGAACCCGGAUGGAAGAGAUUUGGACCAUUGAUGAUGUGAUGUUCAAUGUCCCUGGACUCUCCAUGGACCAUUUCAUCCCUCCAGCUGAUAUCUUUAACAACAUAAAUUCUCCAUGA